AUGGCAUCCCAAGCGCCAACUGGCCAGCGACCGAAGGUCCAACCAUGCCGAUACAAGACGGGGAAAACACUAGGAGCGGGCUCAUAUUCGGUUGUGAAGGAAUGUGUGCAUAUCGAUACCGGUCACUACUAUGCUGCGAAGGUGAUCAAUAAGCGGCUGAUGGCCGGACGAGAGCAUAUGGUUCGGAAUGAGAUCGCGGUGUUGAAACGGGUGUCGAUGGGCCACCAAAACAUCUUGACGUUGGUGGAUUAUUUCGAGACAAUGAAUAACUUGUACCUCGUCACUGAUCUCGCGCUGGGCGGAGAACUGUUCGACCGGAUCUGUCGCAAAGGAAGCUACUUCGAAUACGACGCUGCAGACCUGAUCCGAGCGAUACUGUCGGCGGUGGCCUAUUUGCACGAUCACGGUAUCGUGCACCGAGACCUCAAGCCAGAGAAUCUCCUGUUCCGCACCCCUGAGGACAAUGCGGACCUGUUGAUUGCCGAUUUCGGAUUGUCUCGGAUCAUGGACGAGGAACAGUUCCACGUCCUCACGACAACCUGUGGUACGCCAGGCUAUAUGGCACCGGAAAUUUUCAAAAAGAGCGGCCAUGGGAAACCAGUGGACAUUUGGGCCAUCGGUGUAAUCACCUACUUCUUACUCUGCGGCUACACCCCAUUUGACCGCGACUCCAAUCUGGAAGAGAUGCAGGCCAUCCUUGCUGCCGACUACUCAUUCACGCCGUUGGAGUACUGGCGGGGGGUCUCGCAGAACGCGCGAGAUUUUAUCAGACGGUGUCUAACCGUCGACCCGGCCGCGCGUAUGACCGCCCACGAAGCGCUACAGCACGUCUGGGUCAACCCGCCGUAUGACCUGAUGGCGGACGAGUCCCGCACAGGCGAAGACCUGCUCCCGACCGUCAAGAAGAACUUCAACGCGCGACGCACCCUGCACAAAGCCAUCGAUACGGUGCGCGCCAUCAACAAACUCCGUGAGGGCGGUGGGCUGAUGAUGGAUGGAGUGAUGAGCGUCGAUCCGAAACCGGAACGAGUCAAUGGGAGCGAAAUCAUUGAGGAGCAGCCAUCGCGUGGAGAGAACGACGGAGACAUGGAGAUCGAUAGUCGUGGUAAUGCCAGGGGCCAGACAGAGGAACAGAUCCGGGCCCAGGAGCGACGGGUCAAAGAGACCGUGGCUGGCUUGUGGAGCAGAUCAGUGAAGAAAUAA